AUGGUGUUAUUCAGAAGUUUUGUCUUCCUCUUAGUCCUAUACCUGCUGCAGGGGUCCGAUACUUCCUUUGUUCGGCUGAAUAACAAUGGCUAUGAAGGCAUCAUCAUUGCUAUAAACCCUGGUGUGCCAGAAAAUGAAGCACUAAUUGAAAAAAUAAAGGACAUGGUGACUGCAGCUUCUACUUACCUAUUUGAAGCCACAGAAAGAAGAUUUUUUUUCAAAAAUGUAUCAAUAUUAAUUCCUGAUACUUGGGAGGAAAAGCCUCAAUACAAGAGACCAAAACAUGAAAGCUACACACAUGCUGAUGUUUUAGUUGCACCACCUACCCUACCAGAUAGAGAUGAACCAUACACCAAGCAUUUAAACUCUGAAGAAAAAGGAGAAUACAUUCAUUUCACCCCUGACGUUGUACUUGGAAAAAAACAAAAUGAAUAUGGACCACCAGACAGACUACUUGUCCAUGAAUGGGCCCAUCUCCGCUGGGGAGUUUUUGAUGAGUACAAUGACGAUGAACCUUUCUACAGUGCUUCGUCUAAAAGAAUUGAAGCAACAAGGCAUGAUCAUUUAUAUUUUCUUCAGUUACUUCAGGCUAUCACUUCCUUAGUUGUUAAAUUCUGUAAUAAACAAAACCAUAAUGAAGAAGCUCCAAGCCUACAAAACAAAAAGUGCGAAUUCAGAAGCACAUGGGAGGUGAUCAGCAAUUCUGAGGAUUUUAGAAACACCACACCUAUGGUGGAAUCACCCCCUUCACCUGUCUUCUCAUUGCUGAGGAUCAGAGAUAGAAUUGUGUGCUUGGUUCUUGAUAAAUCUGGAAGCAUGGGGGGUUAUAACCGCCUAAAUCGAAUGAAUCAAGCAGCAAAAUAUUUCCUGCUACAAGUUGUUGAAAAUGGAACCUGGGUGGGGAUGGUGCAUUUCGAUAGUACUGCCAACAUCAAAAGUAAGCUAAUCCAAAUAAUAAGCACCAACGAAAGAAAUAUGCUCAUGAACAGCUUGCCUACAGCAGCUAGUGGGGGAACUUCCAUCUGCGCUGGAAUUAAAGCAGCAUUUCAGCUGUCUAUGCAACAGAUUUUAUACACUGAAGCCUUGUCAGAGGAAAGUCUGGUCAAAGAAAGAAAAGAAAUAUUUAAUGCCACACUCUGCAAUUAUAUUUUUGUACUAUUUUCUAGAAAGCAACCUAAUAAAUAUAUUUACAUUUUAGGAGGAAAGCAUUUGUUUGUCUCAGAUGAAGUCCAGAACAAUGGCCUCAUUGAUGCUUUUGGGACCCUUGCAUCAGGAAAUGCUGAUAUUUCGCAGAAGUCUAUUGAGAUUGAAAGUAAGGGAUUAACACUCAAUGAUAAUCACUGGAUGAAUGGAACUGUAAUAAUUGAUAGCACUGUGGGGAAGGACACAUUCUUUCUCAUCACAUGGGUAAAACAGCAGCCCAUUAUUUCUCUCUUGGAUCCUAAUGGAACACCAAUGAACAUUUUCACAGUGGAUGCUACUUCCCAAAUGGCCUAUUUCAGUAUUCCAGGAACUGCAAAGGUGGGUGUUUGGACUUACAGUCUUCAAGCCAAAGCAAACUCAGAAACAUUAACUAUAACAGUUAAUUCUCGAGCAGCAAAUUCUUCUGUGGCCCCAAUCACAGUGAACGCUAAAAUGAAUAAAGACACAAACAGCUUCCCCAGCCCAAUGAUUGUUUACGCAGAAAUUCUACAAGGGAAUAUACCCAUUCUUGGAGCCAAUGUGACUGCAUUCAUUGAAUCAAGUAGUGGAAAAACAGAAGUUUUGGAACUUUUUGAUAAUGGUGCAGGUGCUGACACUUUCAAGGAUGAUGGGGUCUACUCCAGAUAUUUUACAGCUUAUUCAGAAAAUGGCAGAUAUAGUUUAAAAGUACGAGCUCAUGGAGGAGCAAACACUGCCACACAAAAUUUAAGGCAUCCACCAAAUAGAGCUGUAUACAUCCCAGGCUGGGUAGUGGAUGUUAAACAGUAUAUCAUAAGAACAAGUGGAAGUAUUCUGGAUCUAAGAGACAAGUUUGAUGAUGCUCUGCAAGUAAACACUACUGAUCUGCUACCAAAUGAGGCCAACUCCAAGGAAACCUUUACAUUUAAACCAGGAAAUAUCUCAGAAGAAAAUGCAACCCACAUAUUCAUUGCCAUUCGAAGUGUGGAUAAUAGCAAUUUGAGAUCAAAAGUAUCCAACAUUGCACAAGCAGCUUUGUUUAUUCCUCAAGGAGAUCCUGAUGAAAUACAUCCAAAUCCUAAUCCUGGAAUUAGCAUUUCUUCUUUGGUGCUGUUAGUGGUUGGAUGCAUGGUCCUUGUUAGUAUUAUUUUAAGUGUCACUAUUUGUAUCUUAAACAAGAAAAACAAUCCAAACCAACCUAGAACAGCGUUUUAA